AUGUUUUGUCAAGUUGAAGGCUACACAGGUAAUGCAAUCAGUGAGAAGCUGGUGGAUUGUUUGAAGGAUUGGGGUCUAAAAGAUGUAUUUGGUGUCACUCUAGACAAUGUCAGCGCCAACACAGUAGCUAUGGAUCAUCUGCAGAAAGUUGUUACUAGCUGGACAGGAUCACCAAUUAGAGCUAAAUAUUUACAUGUGAGGUGUGCAGCCCAUGUUCUUGCUCUUAUCAUAAAAGAUGUAGUAUGGAUCUUUAAUGAAUCAGUUAAAAGGAUAAGUUCGGUUAUAAAAUAUGUUCUUAGUUCUCCUUCUAGGUAUGAAAAGUUUAAACAAUGUGCUUCCCUAGCAAAGGUAAAUUACAAGAAAGCACUGACUUUAGAUGUGUACACCCGAUGGAAUAGCACUUACUUGAUGUUAGAUGCUGCGCAAAGAUAUGAAAAAGUUUUUGCACUGUUAGCACAGAUUGAUGAGGACUUUCAAGAGAGGUUUAUUUUUGAGCAGGACAAGAAAUCUGUUUUACCAAGUGAUGCUGAUAUUGAGGAAGCUAUAGCUAGUGAUGAUAUCAUGGAAGAAGUGGUUGAAGAUAUGGAAGAAGGUGAAGAGGUUGAGCAUAUGGAAGAAUAG